AUGCCACUCAUGAAAGCAGUCCGUUUCCACGGCCCCAAGGACAUAAGGGUCGAACAGAUCGAGGAGCCUGUAUGCGGAAAGGGCCAGGUGAAGCUGCGAAACACCUACUGUGGAUUAUGCGGCAGCGACCUCCAUGAAUAUGCAGCAGGCCCAGUCCUAAUUCCCCAAAAACCGCACAACAUCACCCAGACCACAGUGCCGGUCGUUAUGGGUCACGAGUUUGGUGGUAUUGUCGAGGAGCUCGGAGAAGGUGUAACGCACCUCUUGCUGGGACAAAAGGCCGUGGUGCGGCCAACAAUCUUCGACCGGAAAUGCCCUCCCUGCAAACUCGGCUACGAGUAUUGCUGUGAGAACAUUGGCUUCGUUGGCCUGUCUGGAUACGGCGGCGGAUUCGCAGAGCACAUCGUUGCACCCGCAGAGCACUUUUACUCUAUACCGGACAGUGUCUCGGCAGAGUCCAUGUCGCUCAUAGAACCGCUAGCCGUGGCCUGGCACGCCGUCAACCUAUCACCAUUCAAAGACGGCAUGCACGGCGACAACGUCUUGAUCGUCGGCGGCGGCCCGCUGGGCCUCUGCAUCCUGCAAGUCCUGAAAAUGCGAGGCGCCAAGAUGACCAUGGUUGCCGAACUAACAGACACCCGGAAGCAAUACGCGAAGGCCUUCGGCGCAACGCACAUCCUAGACCCUAGAGAGGACGACAUUCCCGAAAGGGUGCGCGAGCUGACGAAUGGGAUUGGCGCCGACGUUAUCUUUGACACGGCUGGAGUGGAAAAGGCACUUGACGGCGCGAUCGGUGCUGUGCGCGUCCAUGGCACGAUUGUCAACGUCGCAGUGUGGGAGAAGCGGCCGCAUAUUCGGGUCAACGAGUUGAUGUAUCAUGAGGUGAAGUACCUCGGGGCGGCCUUGUACGACGAGAAGUCGUUCCGUAGUGUUAUUGAAGCCAUCUCCAAGGGCGAACUGCAGCCAGAAGCCAUGAUUACGGAUAAGAUUAAACUGGAUGAUGUGGUGGAGAAGGGAUUCAAAACACUGCUGACAGACCGCGACACGCACUGUAAGAUCAUUGUCGAUCCGCAAGCGUAA